AUGACUGAAUCCAAGAAGAAAGAAGUGUUGCCAGCGUCUUUGGUUCCAGAACAGCCUACUCCUUUGAACUCAAAGGACAAGGACACCAAACGUUUGAUUGUUGUGCUUAGUGCAGCAUGUUUAGAGACUCACAAGAUUAGUUCAGGUCAUGGUUCAGGUGGUCAAGAUAAAUAUGCUUUGUUGAAUUGUGAUGAUCAUCAAGGUUUAUUGAAAAAGAUGGGACGUGAUAUUUCAGAAGCUAGACCAGAUAUUACCCAUCAAUGUUUAUUAACAUUAUUAGAUUCACCUAUAAAUAAAGCUGGUAAAUUACAAGUUUAUAUUCAAACAGCAAGAGGAGUUUUAAUAGAAGUUAAUCCAAGUGUUCGUAUUCCAAGAACUUUUAAAAGAUUUUCAGGAUUAAUGGUUCAAUUAUUACAUAAAUUAUCAAUUAGAAGUGUUAAUUCAGAGGAAAAAUUAUUAAAAGUUAUUAAAAAUCCAAUAACGGAUCAUUUACCAAUAAAAUGUAAAAAAAUUACAUUAUCAUUUGAUGCUAAAUUGACAAGAGUACAAGAUUAUGUUGAGAAAUUGGAUCAAGAUGAAAGUAUUUGUGUUUUCGUUGGUGCAAUGGCUAGAGGUAAAGAUAAUUUUGCAGAUGAAUUUGUUGAUGAGAAGAUUGGAUUAAGUGAUUAUCCAUUAAGUGCUUCCGUUGCCUGUUCUAAGUUCUGUCAUGGAUGUGAAGAUGCGUGGGGGAUAUAUUAG